UCUUUAAAGUGCCCCCGCGGCGUUUUGAAUGUAGUCGUCUGCUAGACUUUCAACACCGUGGGAUAACUGACUGGAUUAGAGAUUAUAGCUGGAUUAUCGCUGGCUGGCUUUAAUAAAAUCGGACGCUAGCCUCAAAGCGCUUAAAACAAGUCAACUAGUCAUAUAUUUAUUGUUUCAUUUCAUUUUUUUAACUUUAUACUUCAUCCAGGAUAACUCUCAAAGAAAGUCUGUGUAUUGUUCCCUGUCAUUACUGCACGCGUGGCCUGAUAGUAUCGAUACCAGUAAUCGCUGAUACACACGUAGUUGCGAAUACAUCUCACGUAGAUUAUAAAAACAAUAGCCCAGGAUAUCUUUAUUCACACGUGGCUCUUUCUGACGUAAUUCUUACUGGGACGUAAUAAAUACUUGAUAACACUUUUUUCUAAAAAUAGUUUUAUUUUGAUCACUUGAUCAACAGUGAAUAUAUCGUACGUAUUUAUUUAUUUUAAUAUAAUAUUAUUCCUUAUAAAACUAGUCGUGGUUGUAUUGACAGUGCUUUAUGUUAAAGUGAACACAUUUGCUAGGAAAACAAAUCUUGUUAUUUUUAUUACGGGUACACGGGAGUGCUAUUUACGCAGGAAAUAUUAGUAAUCAAUUCAAGGGAAGCGACUCGACCACAUAUAUUUCUCUUUAUGAUUGAGCCGGUGAAUGGAUUAACUUCUGAAAGAGGACUACGAUUCAGCUUCCCUUUUUUAAAGCCGGGUUCUAUAUUUGUUGAAGGAAGAAAUAAUCAAUCUGAACACGUUACCAUGACAACGCUACCAGUAUCCAAACAAGCCCUCUGUGAUAUAUUCAUAUUCUUUGCAAUAUGUGCGCCAUUGCUAGUCGUUCACCUGCUAGGGGAGCCAGUGACCCUCGGGUUUUUCUGUGAUGACCCCUCCAUCAGCUUACCCUACAGACCCGACACUGUCUCCCAGGCAUGGCUGAUGGUGGGCUGCUUCGGAGGUCCGCUGCUUGUGUUCUCCAUAACAGAAACUAUCCGGGCCGCUUUGAUGGCAAGGCAAAGCCAGCGCAUGCGCACAGAGAUUUUCAGCUGUGUCAAGUCGUACGCCAUCUUUCUUUUCGGCUUCGCUGUGACCUGCAUCUUCACAGACACCAUCAAGUACUCCGUGGGCAGGCUGCGGCCACACUUCCUUGACCUCUGCAAGCCGGACUUUGGCAAGUUCAAUUGUACCUCGGAGCAUGGCACCCCCAGGUACGUGCUGGACUACGAGUGUACCAAUACAGGGGUCAGUGACAAGCUAAUGACUGACAGCCGUAUGUCAUUCCCCUCUGGCCACGCCUCCACCUCAGUCUACAGUGCGAUUUUUGUCGUGCUCUACCUACAGAUGAGGAUGCAGCUGAAGAUCUCCCACCUGCUGCGGCCGGUGCUCCAGAUGGGGAUCCUGAUUCCAGCCACGCUCUGCUGCGUCUCUAGGGUGACUGACCACAAACAUUUCGCCACGGACGUUCUGGCCGGCGCCUGUCUGGGAUCGGUUCUAGCCUGGCUGGUGUUCACCAAAUUAGGUCAAAGGUUAAUCCCAAGCUCGCCUUCAGAAAAACCCCGCCUGCCUAGGGCGACCUCCAUAGAAUCCGAACCCCAGACGCCGACGCCCCUGCUCCGUCCAGAGCGCCUCAUCAUCCAGAACUCCUACAGAAACUCUACUGUACCAUGCUCGAAGGAGGAUUUCAUGAACAAAGUCUAAACAUCGGAAUCGCUCCAAAGUUGUAGUUCGUUGAACUCGCGAAGCGGGAACACGCUAGACUGAAUGAAAGACUUAGUGCUUAAAACUACGCUGGCUGACCGUUAAACUGACCAGUGGAUUGACCUUAUGUUGUAACGGUUGACCUGUAAUUUUUAAAAAACUGGUUAUGAAGAGGUCACGUAAUGGCCGCUGACAUCCAUCCGUGGAUAUUUUUAGCUAACUAGGUCAUCGACCAAAGAAGGGGAAAUAACUGUGUUAAUUUGUUUAGGUUGCUAAAAAAAUUGUAAAUAAUUAAUUAUACUUGUAACAGUAGGUAAUAAAAAUGUGUAUUCGUUAUGUAAAUUGCAUGAUUUCCAUAUGUAAUUUAACACGCUAAGUUAUAACUUCAUGUUUAGACGAUAAAAUAUACACCGUACAAUGCAAAACACUCCUUGUAUAAGAUUUUGUUGUGUUCUUUUUGUGAUGCGCUUCACAUUCCAUCUACACGAUAGCAUAAUAAAUCGCCUUCCUUAGUCGUAGGCUAAGUAUUACCUGUUAAUGGAUUCAUAGGGUGACCGGAAAGAUGCGCAACGGAAAAAUGCGCACAAAAAAGUGCGCCAAUGUAUUUUUGUUAUCUUAAAUCGAGCAUUUAUAGACAUUAACAAAGAACGACCAUAUGUACAUUGUAGCAAAAUAAAACAUUUUUUCCACGAAAUAGGUCAAAAUUAAAAUGUAGUAUUAUAAUUAAUUUGUAUCUGAAUAAUUUUCUGUUGGCGCAUUUUUCCGUAUCGCAGUUUUCCGUUGCGCGGUUUACCGAUUGCCCAUAUUUCUGGGAUCCGAAUCAUAGUUACCUGGUAUAAUGCCAAGAGCUACCUUUUAAUUGACUCUUAGCAACCUGCCAAGAAUUACCUUCUAAUGGGUUCAUAAUUACUUGAAUGCUAAGAUUUACUUGCUGUUGAAGUCAUAGUUAACUAGUUACAUGCUAAUAGUUACUUAGAGUUACUAACUUCUUUGUGAAUACUUUCAGUAAAAGGCAAGUCUUGUUUGUAGAAAUUGUAAUCACAAACGAUUUCAAAUGUUAAAAUUUUGAACAACAAAUGGGAAACCUGUAGAUUUAAGGUACAACAAAUUGUCAUGGUAGCAUUCAUAUCAACCAUUUUUAUUUUUAUUUUAUUUUAAAUAGACUUUGAUAAAGAUCUCAAUACAUUUUAGUUCUAUUAAAUAUUUUUUGUAGCUUUUCUUUUUUGUAAGGACAUUUUUUUAAAUAACUAAUUAGCCUAAUUUAAAGACAAAUUUAUUUCUACUAUAACAAAAGACUAAUUUUUUCUUUGAUAAUUAAAAUAGCAAAAUAAUGUAGUUUUUGUAAGGGUAAUAAUUUUACUUAUAAACUUACAGCUAUUUCUUUUACCAAAGGCCCAAAGGUUGUACCCCAAAGAAUCUUUCAAUUAACAGUUUGAAAAAAUCUAUUAGUCGCAGAUAAUAGCUACAAUUUAAGAUAAUGACAUUUGAUUGAUGUUUUUAAAUUUUUCAUUAGACUGGUUAUCAAUUUUAGAAAACACAAACUCGUUAAAUAAAUGCAUUCCUUCUGUAAAUACUGUAUAUUUAUUGUAUGUCCACUGCUUAUGUGCAGUCUGUAAGUUAAUACUUGCAACAGAUGUAGUGGAUCUAGAUUGAUUUGUAACUUAAUUAA